CUUAACCCUACCACACACCUGUUAUAAGUAACGGGUUGUUUCAAACACAGAGCGCUUUUCCUCAAUAUUGCUGCCUCAGUGAUUUACCCAAAUAGCUUAUGUGCCCUAACUGGCAAUGGAGGUAAAAUUAUAGCCACAAUAAGCCUAAAGAUGGAAAAAAUAUUUUUUCCUUAAGGCAUAAUCCAACUAAGAUACUGAAGAGGUCAGGAAUCAUGAGUGCAAACUGGUGUCCAAAUCAAGAAAUGUAUUUGCUUAGGAGAGAAUCUCCAAAAGUGUCAUUUCUAAAUUAUAGAGAUAUUAUUUUUCAAUAAUUGAGAUGCAUAUACAUUAUAUGCACAUAUAUAUCCUAUACACAGGUAUAUGCUUACUAAAGUAUCUAUUAGAAUCUCUAAUUGUCAUAUGAGGAAAGAGCUUCAAGACAUUAAAGUGACCUGAUCAAGAUUGUAAAGCCAAGUCAUUAGUUCUCAGACCUUUGCAGAGGGAACAAUCACUGGUGGGCUUUAUUUUAUUUUUUUUUUCUUGCUGAAAAAUGUCUUGGUCCACAUAGGAAGACCUUGAAUCAAUGCACAUGGUUAAAGCAUAAAUGUCAACAUUAAAAAAAAAUGUUUCCCACAUUAGUGUAAUUAUGAAAAACUUUGAGAAACAGAGUUACAGUGUUGAUGGAAUUAGAAAUAUGAAAGUUGUAAUUCAGAGUCCAAAUACACUGUUGUUGCAAGUCACCACAUCCCCAGUUUUCUUUGCAGAUGAGCCAUUUCUCAGCCGUGUCUGCCUUAUAUUCAGUGUAACCAUGGGGAUGAACAGCAGUGUGAAUGACUUCAUUCUAUAUGAGUUAGCACGAGAUGCAUUAAGGGAGAAAGUAGUAUUCGUGAUCUUGCUUGUAUACCUCACAACUCUGUUGGCGAGCUUCCUUAUUGUGAUGACCCUGAGACAUAGCCAGACACUUGGGAACCCCACGUACUUCCUCCUUUUCUGUUUCUCCUUUGCUGAUUCUUGUUUGUCAACAACCACUGCUCCUAGAUUGAUUGUAGAUUCUAUACCUGAAAAGAAAUUCAUCUCCUACAAUGAAUGCAUGACCCAGAUCUUUGCAAGUCACGUCUUUGGGUGCAUGGAGAUCUUGGUGCUCACUCUUAUGUCCUUUGAUCACUAUGUGGUCAUUAAGCCCCUGAGAUUCACAACCAUCAUGAUCCAGUGUGUCUGGGUGCACUGGGUGGGGUCUUGUAUCCAUUCUUCAACACGGAUCCUCUUGGCUCUGAAAUUACCCUUCUGUGGGCCCAAUGUUAUCAGUCACUAUCUCUGUGAUAUGCAGCCUUUGUUGAAACUUGCCUGCACCAACACUUAUGUCAUCAGUCUACUCAUUGUGUUUAACAGCGGGGCCAUGUGCAUGGUGAGUUUCACAGUGCUGCUUACCUCCUAUGUUUUCAUCUCUUCUCUGAGUAAUCAGACUGCAGAAGGAAGAAGGAAAGCCCUCUCCACCUGCACCUCCCACAGUAUUGUUAUCAUCUUGUGCUUUGAACCGUGUGUAUUCACAUACACUCGACCUCUAUCUGUAUUUCCAGUGGACAAGAUGGUGGCUGUUUACACUACUGGGACACCCUAACUCAACCGUCUGAUUUAUACUCUGAGGAAAGCAGAAGUCAAAACUUCAAUGAGAAAGUUAUGGUGCAACAAACUCUGACUUGAGGUGGCAAAGAGCAGAAGAAGCCAAUUGCUAGUUCUGUCACAGUUUAAAUAAAAUUGGACUGAUAGAAAACACAAAAUGUUCUCACUCCGAUGUGGACAAUGGAAUCCUCUUCCAGUGGGAGCUUCGGGGGAGCAGGCAGACUGAGCACAGAACAAAGCCAACGUGACAGACCGUUAAACGCAGUCAUAUUUGUGAAAGCACAACCCUUUCCUGCGUGUCUGCUGUUUGCGUCGAUAGUGCUGCUUUUUUGAAGCUUGUGAACCAGAUCCUGUUGUCUCCAUAGUUUGCUUUUUUGAUUUUUAUAUUAAUUUGCUUUGGAUUUUUCUUUUUCAUAUUUCUUAUUCAAGUUUAAUAAUUGAAGGGGAAGAGCAUGAAUUGCUUCAGGGCACCAGACAUUCCUAAACAGUGCUUGCAUUCAAACUCCAUAUCCAGCUACAGACUGCCAUCAAGAAAAUGAUAUUAUAAAACAAACCCUAUGUUACAAUAGUUACCAGCUUAUCCUCAGAUCAAAACAAGAGAGACGAUGGAAUGAAAUGAUGAAGAGCACCAGCUCCAGGUGCACAGAGACCUCGGUACAAAUCCAGGCUCUUCUACUAAGAUAAGAGAAAUUUCUAACAUUGUUGUUAAAGCUUUGACAAUGGAGAGUAUGGUGUCCUCAGAGUUUAUGAUCACAAGGGUUUUGAUUUGGAAUAAUUUAAAAGCAACAACCCUAUUGCAGCAUCGAUCAUUCUGAAAAUGAUAGAGAAAUUCCUCUUUCAACUUUGAAGUUGAUAUAUUAUGUGAUAUACAUAGUAAUUGUACUAUUACAUAGUACUAUGUUGUAUGUUACAUAGUAAUUGUACAGUAUUACAUGGAAAGCCCAACCGCUAGCUGGCCAAACCAUGCAGUAGAGGUCCAGGUUUUACUUCUGCGACUAAGAGCGGGAGGAAGGGCAACGCUGGCAGAUGAGGAGGAAAUACCAUGGAGGAAGAAACAGCAUGGACUUCCUCAGCCUCAGGAAGGAAGUCUCAGCUGGAGGUAACAAUCUGGGAAUCGUGGUCAUGUAAAGACAACGUGCCAAGGAAGGCUGGGGGAAGUGAUGCUGAUGGAGUCUGUAAGGUGUAGACCAAGGGAUUUAACAUGGGUGCAACAAUGGUAAAGGUCACAGCCAUUGCCUUGUCUACGGAGGAAGUGACGACAGGUCUCACGUACAAGAAAACGCACAGCACAGAGAACAAGAUGACCACCAUGAGGUGGGAGCCACAGGUGGAGAAAUCUCUAUGCUGCCCCUGAGAACCGCAGGACUUCAGGGAGCAGAGGAUGGCCACACAGAACAUGAUGAAGAUAAGAAGAAUGGCCACACGCAUCAUCCCCCUGUUGAGGCUGACCAAGAGGCCCAGGAUGUCGGUGUCCAUUCAGGCCAGUUUCAACAAUGGGAACAAAUCACACAUAAAGCGGUCUAUGAUACGGGGACCAGAGAAGGGUGUUUGAUACAGGAAGAGAAGCUGCAUAACUGUGUGGGUAAAUCCCUCUCAUGGCCCCUGCCAGCAAAAGGAAGCACACCCGAGGCCUUACGAUGGUCACGUAGUGCAGGGACUUAAGAGAUGGCCACGUAGGGGUUACAGGCCACCACAGUGCAAAGAAUAAUCCCCACUCCACCAAAGAAGUGGUCAACAAAGAGCUGGACCACACAGCCUUCCAGAAAGGUGGUCGUGCUCUCAGAGAGGGAGUCCACAAUCAUCCUGGGGGCACUGAGAGGAGGGUAGGUGGCAUCCAUGAGGGACAAGGAGAUAAGGUAAAAAUACGCAGGUGAUCUCAGACUCUGACUUGCGAGGAUGGUUACCACAAUGAGGGGUUUCCCAAAAUGGUGGAAGCGUACAUGAUUAGAAACUCAGCAGAGAGUAUUUUCUUAGCUCUAGAUUCUUUGUAAUGCCCAAAGGAAUGGACUCAGUCACUUCAGUCAGAAAACAUUGCUGGGAUUCUCCAUUUAUAGUGGGCUGAUGUAAGCUUAUCUGUUUGAGCUGGAAAAUCUACAAAGAAUUUUAUUUUUAAUUAGCAAAUAUUGAGUGUGUUGAACAAUUUCUGCAUGCUGUCCCAUAUUUUUUUGUCCUCUCUUUUUAUCUGGACAUCAAUACAGCAACCAGCUGUUAACAAUUAUAUCCUGACAACAGCUUGAUCCUACCAGUCCCCCCCAACCCUGCACAUUCUUUUGAAGUGUCUCUCUUGCUUUCCUUCAUGACACUUGCUGCUUGAGACAGAAGACUUUGCUUCAUCAUUCUUGUGCACACACACACCUGGCAAUAUGGAGAAUUAAUAUACCUUAAGGAAACCCUAGAUCAUUAGUAGACAGAAGCCAGUGGAUAAAUGGUAACCAACUUAACACAAUCUUAGAUUCACUCUCCUUCCUUCCUGGCUUCACUGUUCCCCCUUCACUGCUUCCAUUCAGUUUUCCAGAAUGAAUCACCUACACGCAAGCCCUUCUCCCAGCCACUGUGUUUUAGGAACCCCUAAGCUAGGAAGCUGACCUUAGUUUAUCACUAAACACACCUAAUAACCAAGAACAUGGACGAUUUCAUCUCAUCUAUUUCAAUUAUUCCAUUUACUGUUUGAACACCUAGAAUGUGCUAGUUGAAGAGCUUGCAAGACAAAUAGGUCAUAUUCGAAGGACUCGUCCCCUAUGAAGAACUAUAUUCAUUCCAUCUACUUUUCUUCUUCUCAAUUUGGAAUAUUAUUACCAACUGUUAAUAUUCAAUCAAUCCUUACUCUGUUCAGGCACUAGAUUAUCCUAUGAGAGCUUUUCUUCAUUUUAGAGAUGAUACUGAUUCAAAAAGGAGAGAGAAAAAUGACACAAAGUUCCCAUAGCUAGUAAAUACUGAAGCCAAAUUCAAGGCCAGCUUUUUCAGAAUCAAAAUCAAUACCAAUGACAAGCGAUACUGCUCCUCUUAUGAUGAUGUUGAGUGUUCAGUAUGGAAGAGAUACUGAUCAUUCAAUAAUUUCAAUAUCAUAACAAUCCAAUGAGAUAAACGCAUGCUUCCUGUGCUUAUUUCAUUAAACAAUUAUACAAUGAAAUUCAGUGUCUAAUCCAAUGAUAAUUCUACAUUAAAGAACCUGUUUUAUAUAAAAACAUAAUCCAAUCUUGAAGCUACAAGUUAUACAUUUUAACUAAGCUUUCAAGUUUCUAACUGUUUUCCGGAUAGGCUGAUGGAAGAAAAACAUCUUAAAUCUCUUUCUCUGCUCCAAGAAGACCCAGAACCAACUUGGUCAACACUAUCCCUGCAGAUGAGCCUGCAGUAUAAAUCAUUCCUUUCACCUUUUUCUUGUGAAGGGGCAAAGGAUUCUAAAUAAUAAUAAAAAUAUCAAUACAAAGGAUUCUCUUACUUUGCACUCACUAUAUAUCAACAAGGUACUUGGUCUGCUAUUUGCAUGAUUACAUUUAUUUUCAUAUCACAUAAGAUGAGUACUAUCUCAGACCUCAUCUUGGGGAUGAGGAAACUGAGACUUGGAGACAUUAAGCAUUUCAUCUAAAAAGGGUGGGAAUUACAUAUCCAAGUAAUUUCAUUUUGAAAUAAAAGUCCUUCACUGUUACACUGUAUCACUGAAGAAGAGAACAGCAGCUUCAAUUGGCUAAAUACAAUUGUUAGUAGAGUUGAAUGAUGUGGUAAAGGAACUACUUUAUAAGCCGACUUCUCUUUAUUGGGGUACUUAAGCAGGAGCUGUCUGUCACUUGGUGGGAAUAUAGUAGAAACCAUUGCUUUAAAUAAAGAUGUAAACUACAUGAUCUCUAAGACCCUUCUAAACACCCAAAGACCCAAUCUUAGAUUCAUCCCUGUUACUAAACAAAGCAUACAUUUUCCAGGCACUCUUUGAAAAUUUACAAUGUGGAUUAACUUUAACCUCUCCCAUAUUCAGCCAAAGAAAUUUAAAAAAAAUGUGAAUACCCUAAUGAAGUAGAAGGGACACAUUCUUGGAAACUGGGAUAUUUUAAAAUAUAAAUUUUAUGUUAGUUUUAAUUCCUCAUAUGGAUGCUUAUGAAUAACUAAUUUAUUCUCUUUCCAAAAAUUUGGAAUGCUGUGCUGUGUACAUAGCAGUCAUUUAAUUAAAUUUAGGUAAAUUCUUGAAAUUGAAUUCAUCUAAAGAAACCUGCAUAGAACCAUGUGGCCCAGGCAAACCAGUGCCAGCCUCUGUCUCCAGAAUCGAGUGAGUGACAUUGUCAGACCUGGGCACCAAUCCUCUGACAGUCAGGCUCACAUAUCCAAUUUCCCAUCUUCCAUCUUCACCAUUUUCAUUCCUAGACAUGGUUUAGCCAAAACCAAGAGCUGGACCAUCCCUCGACUCCCACUUCAGUGUUGAAUCGCUGCCUUCAGAUCCUCUUUGUGAUGUUGUCUAUUUCUUUCCACUGUUCCUGUGAAAUAUCAUUGCUCAAAAGACUGCUCAUAUAAUGAAGGGGGGAAUUAACACUUUUUAAAUUGUCUAAUUGUCACCUAGACUGUACAUAUUUCUCCUUUAAUAGCAUGUCUAUUAAUGCAAAAGAUUCAAGGCAGUGCUCUCUCCCUAAAGAGGGAGACAGACUAGCACUCCUGAAACAAGGCCCGCACAGAAUAAGUUCCAGAGGGGAAAUACCAGUGCGAUCUACGGAUUUGAAAAAAGAAAAAUGAGCUAGUCCUUGACAUGAGCAUUUAGACAAUUAUAAAUUUAGAAACUGAACAAGAAGGGUGACAGUAUGAGCAAGGCAGGAAGAUAAAAGCGGAAAACAUGGUGUACAUAGUCAAAAUUUAAGGACUUUUGACAUCAGAAAACCUGGGUUUCCAUAUGGCCCUUCCAGAGAUGUUAUUAACUAGAAGUUGUAUAUUUUCUCUAAACCUCAACUGCUCUUUUCAGAGUUGUUGCAUUAAACAUUUUAAGUUCCUAGCAUUAUAGUUUAAAUUUUAAUAUUCAACUUUCAAACAUCAAAAUGUAAUGGAAAUGUGAACUUAUAUUAGUUUACAUAUUUAUUAAGUAGUAUAAUAUCCUGGCAUAUUUUGUGUGUCUCAUAAAACUUAGUCACUUUCACUCCUAUUAAUCCCAGGUGUCUUGAGUAGAUGCACUGGCCAGACUGGAGAUCAGUUGGAAAUUAGUAAGAGCUAUAAUCUUAAAGAGACCUAUGUAAAUUCUUGAUUUUUCACACUAGAGUUAGUUCUUUUGUUCUAAGUGUCUAUAAUAUGUCAGACAAACUCUCUUGGCAUCAGUUUCAUCCUCUGUAAAAUGGGAAACUAACAUCACGUACCCCACAGGGUUGUUGUAAAGACUAAAUGAUUUUAUAAAUGCAAAGGGCUUAGAUCAGCUUCCUUACUUCUUUUCCCAGCAUGAGGAGAAUGCUACUGACCACAAAUUAUUUUAAAACAGAUCACCUGACUUUGGACCGUGUGUUUACAUCUGUAUCUAUUAAAUGCUCCAUUUGCCAGCAGGAUAUCAGCCUAAUGACUCCAAAACACUUGGUAGCAUGUAGGUUUUUGAACUGCCUCUCAAAGAAAAACCUUCCAAAAUUGUUUUCUAAAACACAGUUGUAACCAAAAGUAGAAGAGUUCAAAUAAAAAUAAUUUAUGAAAGUAAAACAUGGCCUAAGAAAAGUAGUUUAUAUAGGUAAAUAGAGUGACAAAAAUUUAAAGUCAAAAAACCUCUCCCAACCAUAAGCGCUCAUUCUCCUCCGACGCCUUAUUGACAACUUAGUAAAUGCUCCUUAGAGGUGUAUUUGUAUGGCGGUAUACAUGUAGUCAUGUACGUGCUUUACUCUAUGUAAAAGUUCUUAAAAUAUAAUAAUACAUUUGAAAUUCUAACUACA